AUGAGCAUGGAUAAGAAUGCAGCAUUAGACGAUGACCCGUUACCUUGGACGACCGCCCGAUGCAAUCGUCUGCUGAGACCCCUCCAGGCCCGGAUCACAGCUCUGAAGAAAGGAUUAUAUGGCAAGAAUGUGGAGUUAGGGACGGCACCCUCCAAGGUGUCGGUGUCAGCAACGCAGAGCGCAAUUGGAAAGGAUGAAGCCGAGGUCGAGCAAGAAGACAGUGUUUCGGCCUGGAGACGCCCUCAUGACCCGGAUUGGGUCCCGGUACCUACAGCAAGGAGGAACAUCAAGCGCCAGUACUCCGGCCGACCCGCAAAGAGCACCGCACAGCCAAGUCAGAAGAAAGUUGGAGGAACUACCCGACCUGGAGAGAUUUCGAUCCCUACGCCAUUGAUAGCGCGGCAUGCGCAGCCAAAUUUUGGAAGCCCGUGGCGUUCUCCGCAAGUCCGCGACAAGAAUCCCUUUCGAGAGGAGCCGAAGCAGCGAAAGAACCCUCUGGCCAAGCAUCUGGGAUUGGCCGCUCUCAACCAGCGCAAAGAAAUGACGUCCGAAUUGUGGAGGCAGAUCCCUCAGUUGAUACAAAGUUUCAACUAUCUUCUCCAAUCGACGCGAAAGCCAGGGUCCAAUUCUCACUCGGGCACAAGGACUUUGAUGUCGGCAUGCUUAAAACAGAUUCCCACAUAUAUCCAGUUGGAACAAUAUUGGCAAGAUCAGGACAACCCAGACAAGAUAGAAGUGGCAGAUGGCAUAUACCAAGAACUGGAGUCCAUGGGAACGGGAAAUGGUUGGAGGCCUCUGCGGGAAAUUGUCCGGGCGCAUGGCGUUGCACUCGUGGCUGACGCAAUCGCCAAUCAAAUCAUAACCGGUGAGACUGUCAAUGUCCUUAUUAAAGCCUGUAUCCAAAAUCAGGCUUUUGAUGAGGCAGAAGAAAUGUUGUCUGCUUGGCUCUUCGUCUUCGACAGUGUUCCGCAACCGAUGGGCGUCGCAACAGAAUUAUUCGGUUACAGUGAGCCGAUCAACCCGGCCAUUUCAGCAUUGUAUGCGUUUGCAGAACAGUGGAACAGAUGGGGGUUCUUCUAUCGACAUGUUCGGGGGAUGCUGACUUCAUCUUGCCUACCCAUCGAAUGGCUGGCCACUCAAGCAUUCAUGCCAGUUUGGAACAGAAUUAUCCGAUCAGUAUCACAACUCCAAGAUCCAGCCCACGCGGAUGCUGUAAGCUUGCUGCAAACAGUUUUUCUUCUUUCCUGUGGCAAGGUCCCGGAUGAAUGUCUUGGCUCAUACAAGGAUGACGAGGAGAACUAUACAGCACCGAGCUUGCGGAACGCGCUUAGCAACACCAUUUCCAGCUUAUCCACUAUUGUGGCAUCUAUAGUCCUUGUCUCGAAAGACUUGGCUUUGAAUUCUGGCGACCAAGUUUCGCCUGAUGCCCAGGUCGUACAUCGGGCUUUUACAUGUGUUGUUGCCGACCUCACCUCCAACUUGUUCUCUAAAAGACUCAAAAUUAGGUCCGGUAUGGUAAAUGUAAGGCUGGCUUAUAUUUUGACGGCCAACCUGCUACUGCAGGUUACCGGAAACCAACUCGGUCAGCACAUCGCUGAACUCAAUCUCGCGAAGAAUGUGCGCGCACUGGAAGCCGUGGGUAAAUCAUCAGCUCAAGCGCUGGUGGUAUUGCCGUCCUUUGUCUCUGCGCUUGCAAAGUGUUGCGGCAAGGCAUUCAGAGAUGAUGGGUUCGACUAUCUCAAAUUGCUCGUGUACUCCCUCACGUCUCCUCAGACUGGAGCUUCAGAUGAUGGAGAUCUCUCUGCGGAUACGAUCUCACCGCAUGCGCAGUGGUUUAUGAAGAGAUUGGCGCUGGAUAUUGCUUUUGAGCAUGCCGAACAGUCGAGUUUUCCAGCACAUCUUGCCUUUGUUCGCGAAAUCGAAGAGUUUAUGGAAGCCAGCCCAGCUUUUCAGUCCGCGCCGACCCCAUUCAAGAAGACCAGUACCGGACACGACGCUUUCUCAGAAGACGAACAGCCCUUAGGCUACAGAUGGGAAGCAAGCAUCUCCGAAUGGGUCGCCAUCACACCUAAUGUGCUGCGUGAGAAGAAACAGCCUACACAGUCGCAGGGGCACCUUGUGCUACCAGAAUCGCCCUCUCCGACUCUGCUAUCAUCAGCACAAAACGACGGCACGACGGAUUCUUCCCCAUAUCGCUAUUCUAGAGAAGACAUGUUGCCAUCAAGUCCCAUAAGAGCGUCGGAGAUGACACCCAUAAGACCUCGCACGACCCUUAGUCAGAUGGUGCUUGCCAAUGCAACGCCGGACGUACUGGCAGCGGACUCGCCGUUCGUGCAGGUUCCAAAUAAACUGGCGGUAUCCCAUGUGCAGCGGAAAGUGUCGCAGCGCAAGCGACAAUGCAUUGCAAAGCCGCGGACGCGGUCAAUAUCCGGCCCACGCAGCGUGCCAUCAAGCAGCAGCGCCUCUCCGUUUCAGCAUUCAAACGACGCGGAUGCAACGUCCGACAGCGAUGCAGACGACGCAGAGAGCUCUAACACUGAGCCAUCGGACAUUGACGCAGACGAGGAUGAGGAAGAUGAACUUUCUUUUUCCCAGGACUCCGUUCCAGCACCUUCUACAAGGGGUGUGCGGCCGAGCGGAUCCGGGAGAAAAGGUUCCCAGGCGCCAUUGGUCUCGACAAACACGCGCAGAGAAAAAGGAAACAGAAACAGAAACAGGGGACGGCCCCCGAAAAGCCGGGGCGGCGUGGGUCCACGGACGAGGGCACAGCCCGCAGUGGCCAAGCCGAGCCUGAGCGCGUCAUUUGGAUUCGACGACGCUGACAGCGAGGACGAGUUGAGUUUUGUCUGA